AUGUCUUCCCACGCGACCCUCAGCGCCGCCUCCGACGACCGCAAAGCGCGUCUGGCCAAACUCAAAUCCCUCAAGCGCAAACAACCCACCGAGCCCGAAGCCGACGACCGCGACGACACAGACCCGGCAACAGAAACAACAACAACAACAACCACAAUCCAAGACACCACAAACCAACCCCUAUCUCAACAAAAUGCCCCCGCCCCCACCCCCCCAACCCAAGACGUAGCCCGCCUGCACCUCUCCGGCCGCAACUACGACGCCGAAACCAAAGGCCCCAAACUCGGUUUCGAAGCCCCGCCCACACUCAACCUCGCGCGUCCGACCCUCGAGCAACAAGCGCAGGAACUAGAAGAGGAAUCGCGGCGGCAGCGGGCCGCCGACGAGGGUGGGGAUGAUACGGGGACUGGGACUGGUUCUGGGACUGCUGCCGCUGCUGCGAUUGACUUGUUCAAGCUGCAGCCCAAAAAACCGAAUUGGGAUCUCAAGCGGGAGUUGAACGCGCGUAUGGAGGUGUUGAAUGUGAGGACGGAGAAUGCGAUUGCGGCUCUGGUGAGGGAGCGCUUGGCUGAGAAGAAGGCUGUUGCGGAGGGUGCUGGGGCUGGUGGUUCUUCUAGUGCGGCGGCGGCGGCGUCAUCGUCAUCGUCAUCGCGGAGGUUGGAUGGGCAGGAUGGGGAUGCCGGGGCUGAUGGGAUGUUGGAUGGGACGGCGAUUGUGGAAGGGGCGCGGUUGAGGGAGAGGGAGGAGGAGGAGGAGAAUCGGAGGGAGAGAGAAGCUGAGGCGGAGGAGUUUGGGAUGGCUUGA